AUGUCCAGUAGGUUGUCGUGUGUGGAGGCUCUGCGGCUGCGUGCUGUGCUGGAGGACUGCUCACAUCAGCUGGCUGUGUUAGGAAAUGUGAUGCCGCAGAGGUCCAGGAGCUGCUCACAGGCAGAUGAGGACCACACGAUGGACCACAUGGACAAGAUCCAAAGAGACAGAGAGUUUGCGGUCGGUGUGAUUGACAGUUUGCUGGCGGAGCUGAAGGAACAGCAGACGGUCCAGUGUCUGCUGGAGGCCGUGGAGGCUGAACACAGGAGGAAGGCUCACGUCCAGCAAGUCAUCAGCAGGGAGGAGGAGGCGGAGAGGAAGAUCGCCACUUUACAAAAAGAGCUGCAGGAUGUCCGCAGAGAGACUCAGCGGGAGCUGCAGCGGCGCCAGGAGCUGGUAGCGGAGCUGGAGCGCCGCCUGCUGGAGAUGAACGAGAAGACGAGCGCGGAGAAGAGUUACAUCCACAGCAGCACCCAGCAGCAGAUCCACCAGACUCAAAAACUCAACUCGCACAACGAGAAGAGUCUGGAAGACCAGAUUAAGCGGCUCCACCUGCAGAUGGAGGAGGCUCAGAGAGUCCACCAGAAGACGGACCGCUUCCUGAAGGAGAAGCUGAAGGUGCGCGAGGAGCAGCUGGAGGAGAGGAAGGAGCGUUACAGGACACGUUUGGAGGAGAAGGAGAGCGAGCUGCAGGCCAUGACGAGCAGCAGGACCUCCACCCGGAGCGCCCUCCAGGAGAGAGCCCGGAAGGUGUAG